AUGUCAAUGCCUCCACCAUUUCACAUCGAGUUGGAUCUUCAGAGGCGCGCGGGUGAAGUGCAAGGGGGCGUGCCCACUGGCCGCCGCGUCAUUUUCCCCGGGGAUCCGGCUGGUUCCUUAGCGAUCCUCCCCGCCCCCGCCUCCGGUUCUUCCCGCCCUCGCCUCCGCCUCUCCACUCCCCGCCGGAAGAGCGAGAUCUCUCCUCCUGAACUUGGUGGUGGCUGCGUCGGGAUGGCGGCGGCGGCGGCUCAGGAAGGCAGUGGCCGCGGCACGGACACCCGGCUGAACCAAGAGGCUGCCAGGUGGCUACAGUGGGACAAGAAUCCUUUAACUCUGGAGUUAGCGAAACAACUAAUUGCAGAAAGUAAUAAAGAAGAACUACAAAAAUGUUUUGGGGCUCGAAUGGAGUUUGGAACAGCUGGCCUCCGAGCUGCUAUGGGCGUGGGAAUUUCUCAUAUGAAUGACUUGACCAUCAUCCAGACUACACAGGGAUUUUGCAGAUACCUGGAAAAACAAUUUAGUGACCUUAAGCAAAGAGGUGUUGUGAUCAGCUUUGAUGCUCGAGCUCACCCAGCAAGUGGAGGCAGCAGCAGAAGAUUUGCCCGACUUGCUGCAACCACAUUUAUCACUCAGGGAAUUCCUGUGUACCUGUUUUCUGAUAUAACCCCAACCCCUUUUGUGCCUUACGCAGUACUGCAUUUGAAACUUUGUGCUGGAAUCAUGAUAACUGCCUCUCACAAUCCAAAGCAGGAUAAUGGUUAUAAGGUCUAUUGGGAUAACGGAGCGCAGAUCAUCCCUCCUCAUGAUAAAGGGAUUUCUCAAGCUAUUGAAGAAAAUCUAGAGCCAUGGCCACAAGCUUGGGAUGAUUCUUUAAUUAAUGGCAGUCCACUUCUUCACGACCCAAGUGCUUCCAUCAAUAAGGACUACUUUGAAGACCUUAAAAAAUACUGUUUUCACAGGAAUGUGAACAAGGAGACCAAGUUGAAGUUCGUGCACACCUCUGUCCAUGGCGUGGGGCACAACUUUGUGCAGUCGGCUUUUAGGGCUUUUGACUUUGCUCCUCCUGAAGCUGUUCCCGAACAGAAAGUUCCUGAUCCUGAGUUCCCAACAGUGAAAUUGCCCAAUCCCGAAGAGGGGAAAGGUGUCUUGACUCUAUCUUUUGCUUUGGCGGACAAAAUCAAGGCCAAAAUCAUUUUAGCAAAUGACCCAGAUGCGGAUAGACUUGCUGUCGCGGAAAAGCAAGACAGUGGUGAAUGGAGAGUGUUCUCUGGCAAUGAGUUGGGGGCCCUCUUGGGCUGGUGGCUCUUUACUUCUUGGAAAGAAAAGAACCAAGAUCCCAGUGCCCUCAAAGACACGUACAUGCUGUCCAGCACUGUCUCCUCCAAAAUCUUGCGGGCCAUUGCCUUAAAGGAGGGUUUUCACUUCGAGGAAACAUUAACUGGCUUUAAAUGGAUGGGAAACCGAGCCAAACAGCUAAUAGACCAGGGGAAAAAUGUCUUAUUUGCAUUUGAAGAAGCUAUUGGAUACAUGUGCUGCCCUUUUGUUCUGGACAAAGAUGGCGUCAGUGCCGCUGUCAUCAGUGCAGAGUUGGCUAGCUUUCUAGCAACCAAGAAUUUGUCUCUGUCUCAGCAGCUAAAGGCCAUCUAUGUUGAGUAUGGCUACCAUAUUACCAAAGCUUCAUAUUUUAUCUGCCAUGAUCAAGGCACCAUUAAAAAAUUAUUUGAAAAUCUUAGAAACUAUGAUGGGAAGAAUAAUUAUCCAAAAACUUGUGGCAAAUUUGAGAUUUCUGGCAUUAGGGACCUUACAACUGGCUAUGAUGACAGCCAACCUGAUAAAAAAGCUGUUCUCCCUACUAGUAAAAGCAGCCAAAUGAUCACCUUUACUUUUGCUAAUGGAUGUGUGGCCACCAUGCGGACCAGUGGGACAGAGCCCAAAAUCAAGUACUAUUCGGAACUGUGUGCCCCGCCAGGAAAUAGUGAUCCUGAGCAGCUGAAGAAAGAACUACAGGAACUAGUCAGUGCUAUUGAAGAACAUUUUUUCCAGCCACAAAAGUAUAACCUGCAGCCCAAGACAGAAUGAAAUAUUCCAGCCUUGGGCUUAAUUACAUUUACCUACAAUUACCUUGAUUUGUUCAGCAUUAUUUGUGAGGGCCAAAUGAUUUAAGCUGUCACUACGUUUCUAUUUUUUAAGUAGACUACAUUCCUCAUUGUUUCACGUUUGACCUUUAAGGUAAAGAAAAGAUGGCCAAACCUAACAAACCAACAUUCCUAUUAAAAGUUUGAGAGUGGGCAUUAUCAGAAUUUUUAAAAAUUAAGAUUUUAAAAAUAAAUGACCUUUAAAAAUGUAAUUAAUAUGCUUUAGUUAGAAUAAAUAACAAGUAUAUGU